AUGUUAAGAAUCUUCAAAAGAUCAUUGAAUAGUGGUAAAGGAAUAUGGUCUAAUUUUUCCAAUAGAUCAGAAACCUUGAAAGUACAAAACAUAAAACCACAUGCUGCCACCUAUCACUCCCCAUUAUUAAUUGACGAUGCUUUUAAAUCAGCCUACGAAAUUUUACAACAGGAAAGUGAAAAAAUCUAUCAAAGGGCCCAAACUGUUGAAAAAGAUGAUUUAAAAGAUAAAUUAUUAAGUCAAGCCGAAAGCAAAAACCCCGAAGUUUUAUAUAACAUCCAAAAUGGUAAUGAUUUAGAUAUAACUCAACCAGUUUAUAGAAAUCACUUAAAGAAACAAUGGGAAAAUUACGAUUUAAUGAUUUUAAUGCAAAGAUUAGAACAAUUCAAAGUCAUUCCUGAUACUUUACCAACAAUUCAACCAACUGUGGACGUCAAGGUAAAGUUUCCUCAUAUCACUAAUGGUGAAUUCAAUCGUUGGAUCGUUCCCGGAGAAUUUUUACCUUCAUUUUUAACCAAACAACCACCAACCAUUAAAUUGCAACAAUUCGAUAACUAUAAAAAUGAAUCCAAGUUAUUUUCCAUAGUAUUAAUCAAUCCUGAUGAACCAAAUUUGGAAACUAAUUCAUUCAAAACCACUUUGAAUUUUGGAGUGUCUAAUUUAUCAUUAUCUUUGACUGAUGAUAGUUUGGAUGUCACUAAGUAUUUGAAAUAUGAAAAUGGUAGUGAAGAAUUCUCCAUGUUCAAAUCUUAUGAACCAAUCUUACCAGAAGUUAAUGCUGGAGAUUAUCAAAGAGCAUGUUUAUUUGUGUUUGAACAACCAGAAAAGAUCAAUGUUGAUCAAAUCAAUGCUGAAGAUUUCGAUAUUAGAUCGUUUGUAAAUAAUUAUAACUUAUCACCAGUUGGUGGAACUAUGUGGAGACAAAAAUAUGAUAGAUCAGUUAACGAUGUAAGAAGUGAAUAUGGUUUAUCUAAAGGUAGAGUUUUCCAUAGGGUACGUAAACCUUUCCCAUUAAUCUAA